UGUUGAGCUUAUUUUGAGCGCUGAAAUAGCGGAAACAAGGGUGUUUUUAUUUAUUUAAAUUUUUAUUAUUUUAUUUUUGUGAUUGUUGAGCGGUGAAACUGUCCUUGAUAAACGAAGCGACACCCUGUUUUUUGGGAUGAAAUCAUGCGCAUUUAGUUAAUCAUUUUUUUUUUUAAUAUUUUUUAGUUGUUGAGAACUUUCAUCUGAUAACUGAGUUUCUUAGUUGAUUCUUCUGUGAUCAAUUCAUAAAUGUUUAUUUGCAUGUUUGCUUGAUCGUUUUUUGUGUUGAUCAUCAUCUAAUCAUGUAUUUGUUGCUUCCUUUUCUCCUGUUUUGAAUUGAACCUUUCAGCUUAAUUAUUUUUAUUUUUUUUAUAGAUAAUUGAGGUUCUGGGGUCCCUUGAGACCACUAGCACCCCAAUUACGAUGAUAAUAACGUGUGUAAAUAUGGCUAUGGUUGGAUUAUAUAAUCAAAUUUGUUCAUUCAUGUUGGUAGUAUUUUUUAACAAGAACAAAAGGGAAUGGAAUGGUUUAUCAUGUUCUUGGUUCUACCCUUUUAGCAGAACCAAAACUUAUCAUGUUUUUAACCUUGUCCUGUUUUGUUGUUUUCCUAAGAUACAUCGAACAUGUAACUAAAUCCAUAUAUUAUGUUUUGUUCUGUUCUUACAUGUCUGUCAAACAGUACUGUUUAGAGACUGAAUGGUAUCUUGGUUCUGAGAAGUUAAACAAGCAGCUUCCUGUCUGAGAAAUAUAUCUCUAUCUAUUUAUCUAUCUAUAUAAUUAUGUGAAUAUUUCUAGACUCGAGCAAUUUGCUGUUCUUUUGUAUUACACAGUACAAAAUCUUUGUAGUUUUUCCACGGAAAUGUGAGAAACUGUAUAGAUACGCAAGCACACAGUCAUGUUCCUAGCUACAAGGAAGCCAUUGGAAUUUGAAGGUAAUAAACAAUUGAUGGAUGAGUAUUCUGGUAAAAGAGGUGUGGAUGGUGUUGUAGUCCCUAGAAAAGGGGUGAACCAUGUAUUUAUUGAAACUCCUAAUACUAGAGAUCGAAAUGGUCAAACUGGAAGCCGAUUUGGUUGCAAUAGAACCAAUCUUCCCAAAGUUGCUCAAGUCAGAUCUUCUGAAAAAGGUAAAUCAGUGAGGUCUGCAUUCCAGUCCUCUUCAAGUAGCAAGGAAGCAAUUGGAAGUUCCUCCAGAAUGACUAGUAAUCCAGGAAAACAACUUAUAAAGCCUCAAAAAACAUUAUCUUCUCAGUUGGAGACAGAUUCAUCUGAAACUAGUAGUGUACAGGAUGAACCAGAAUUUUCAGAGCUCAUCCCUCCACCAGGAGAAAUUCAGAGAGGGCCUCAAGCUGAAGGGGAAAGUACAGAGUCUAGGAAUGCGAUACUGAUGAAAGUAGGAAGCUCCAGUGCAGUAUCAAAUACUAGAUCACAAAGGAAUUUAAAUCAAAGACCCGGAUUGCGUGGGCAAGAAAUUAAAAGCACUGGUCCAGUGAGACCUGCGGUUUCCAGCAAGUAUGGAUUGAGGAACCUUAGAUGCAACUCUAUAUCUGACGUCAUCCCAGCUGGUUAUUCAUCUUCAGAUUCAACCCAUAAUAGAAGGAAGGACACAAUGAAAAGGGGAAACUGUGAAGGUGGAAGUAGCUCCACUGUUAGAGGGAAAAAUAUGACUGGGUCUUCACUGGAAAGACGGAAUUCUGGCUCUAGAAAUGGCAUAUCUAUAUCGGAUUCAAGAAGAUCUAGAAAUAUCCCUUCUCACCAGAACGGCAGCAUGGCAUCAGUAAGAACUCAAAGAACAAUUAGUGGUCAUACCAGGGGAAGGUUUUCUAGCCAAGGGAAUGAAAACCCUGUGGCAAUCAGUGAGUCCCCUGUUAUUCUACCCGUUUCACCUCAUUCUGGCGAUCUUAAUGCUACUGGCAGUUCAUAUCAUACUUCUAUGGAGACUCCUUUAAGUCACGCAAGCUCUUAUAGUAGACCAGGCACUAGCAGUGAGCAGUUAUGUAGUGUUAUGCCUAUGUCUCCUGCAGAAUAUGACAUCAGUGAUUCUCUAAUAGAUCGGGAUAGCUUUCGACGCCACAAUAUGGAUGGUAUUGAAGAGGUAUUAUUGGCACUUGAGAGGAUUGAACAAGAUGUAGAACUAAGCCAUGAGCAAAUUCUUAUGUUAGAGACUAACUUGUUCCUUAACGGAUUAAACUUUUAUGAUCACCACAGAGACAUGCGGUUGGAUAUUGAUAACAUGUCCUAUGAGGAACUUUUAGCUCUAGAAGAGAGGAUGGGAACAGUGAGCACAGCUCUAACGGAGGAAGUACUUGCAGAAUGUCUUAAAAGAAGUAUAUAUCACUCUGCACCUUCAGAUGAUGCAGAUGAGAGUUUUAAUGAGGAUAAGGAUGAUAUCAAAUGCUGCAUUUGCCAGGAGGAAUAUGUUGUUGGAGAUGAAGUUGGGGGGCUGCAAUGUGAGCAUAGAUUUCAUGUGGUUUGCAUACAGGAGUGGCUGCGCCUGAAGAACUGGUGCCCCAUUUGUAAAGUAUCAGCAACACCGUCCAAUUCAUCUUCACAUCAUUGAUUGCAUUGUUCCUUUUCUUUUACUUUUCAUUUUGUACAAAAUACAGAUGCACAUGUUCCUCACCUCUUCUUAUUGACCAUAUGUACAUACCAAUAUUUUCAUUCAUAAACUACGAACCCGAGCCACUACCUUGGUGGACUUUGGAAGAUGUAUCUUUUUCUUUCUUUCCAUUUCUUUUUUAUUCAAAAGAAAUUGAAAGAAAUGAAAGGAUCCAAGAUGUAUAAAAAAGCAUUGAUAUCAUCAUGGAAGUUAUUUGCUUA